AUGAAUUUCCUUCCAGUCCUCAGAGAGAUCCUCAAACACAAUAAUACCGGUCCUACAUCAUUUAUUGAUGCCCCCAAUCCUCCAACCCUUCGAGGCACACUCCGCGAGUCACCCAGAACCGUCGACCUAAACCUCUUCCCAACACGUUCCGACACAAGCUCUAGCACAGAUGGCAAGUUGUCUCAAAGUUCUGCUGAUGAUGACAAGCGAGUCCCUUUAAAUGUUCAGGGUGAAACUACUUCCAGUUCUGAUGGCCACAUCUCUACUUCAGUAGAUACUAGUGCUUGCCAGGGUUCCUUUUACUAACCACCAUGGCACAGGCAGCCAAGAAGACCAGCGAGCCACCCACAGAAUCUCCCCAUCGAAGUCCAAAUCCCAGAGCCUGCAUCUAUCCGCCAUGCCAUCAUUUCAAAUCCACGAAAGAGGCUUUAUGUUCAACCUGACCAGUGGACAAGCGAGCACUUGAAGUUACUCGAUGUCACUAUUAAAGUCCAGCCCAAGGAGAAAUACCUAUCGCAGACACCGAUCAGCUUGCAAGCAUUCAAACGAGAGAACAAUAUUCAAACAUUUGACCAACUACAUAAAUGCGUCUGCGAUGUUUACUCCAGCUUUAUUGAAAAACUCGACAAGGACCAACGCAUGUAUGACAUAUAUAGCCUCUUGGUCCAAUGGAUGAUCAAGGACAAGGAAUGCAAAUAUCGGUUUAACCAAGCCAGAUCGUACGUGUCAAUCUCCCUUCGCUCAACCCCCCUGAUGCUUAUGUCCUAACCUCCACAUGCAGUGCCGACCAGACGCUGGACUUGAUGUACGGAGGAUCAAAAAAGCCUGCCCGUCUGAGCUGUCGAUCUGUUGUCUACAACAAAAAGCAACUAGUUUGCAUGGCUUACGUCGACAAGGCAUGGUUGGAACAGGACGAGGGUGUCAACCUUCGGGGUCGGAGAAGAGCCAACAAGAAGAUCAAAUAUAAGACGAAUCGAGAGAUCCAUCCCCUGCUUGGGGUAGAGACUUCGGAAAUGCCUAUUGAUCCGUAUUAUGUUGGCUUGAUCAUUGCAAUGGCUCAACACUACGCCGCUCGUUGCAGGGCUUUGGAUUUGAAGGUCCAGACCCGAAAUGUCAGUCGUUACUGGUACCUGAUAUCAUUUGAGUCCUCGCUAACUUUUGUUCAGUUCUACUUGCGCACUCCAUCUGAAGAUCGCAAGUCUUUCGUCAUUUACAAGGCAUAUAUCCAUCCUGAUUUCGUAAGGAAAUUUGAGGAUCCGUACAUUCGAGUGGACAGAGGCCUUGUCAUUAAGCGCGAAGAGUAUAAAAUUGCAAUGAAAACAGCCUUCAUUUCUGCCCUUGCGGUCAUCCUCGACCUUCAUUUGAAUAAAAUUGCCGAAUGGGAUUCGAUCGAGGACGAACCUGGAACCAGCUCACCAGGGGACGAUAGUGCAUCGUACGUAUAUCAAGAUUUCGAUACCUAUUUCUUUGAUGCUGAUCACAUUUCAAGUGAUGCGGAUAUCGAACCUUCAACUUCUACAAAUGUCUCUUCUUCCAAAGCACGCAAUGUUGACGAAGCCUUGCAAAUGUACCAAAGCACGUCGAAGGUAACCAAGAAGCGCAAGACCACAUAUCAAGAGCAGACUCCAUCAACAAGCAAAAAGCUCAAAGUGGCUGCUGAGACACUCCCGGUACCUCCUGUUCAUUUGAACUCGCCAAAAGGCUCUCCACGAAGCGCUCCACCGACAGUCAGUGUAGCAGAAGGAGAACACUCUGCCGCACGCAACCAUUCAGCAAACUUGGUGGAUGGAAUCAAGGAAGAGACUGUUCGCUCAUCACCAUCCGUCCAAGCAGCAGGUUCGCUAUGUAAUAACCCAGCCGGAUUACCAGAAAGCUCUGCGCCCAACUCAACACCUCCAGAAGACUCUCCAACAAGCGGUCCACCGACAGGCAGUGUAUUUGGAAAAGAGCACAAUGAAGCAGUCGAGAACCUCGGAUUAUUGUUAAAGGGAAUUAAAGAAGGGAAGAUCAAGUCAAAUGCCACACCAUUGGAUGAGACUCUUCGAACAUUCAAAACUCCACCAGCCUCGCCGAAGGUCUCUCCACCACCGAGCAGUCCGUAACCUGAGGAUCCAUUUUCGCUCUUGAAAAGCUUGGUGGAGAAAAGCGAGCGUCGAAAUGAUGCAACUACACCAGAGAGCCCAUCACAGGCCAUGGGAGGAGGAGGUAUUCUUCAUCCGCCCAUUAGUCCACCUCCUUCUCCGGUUUAUUCUCCGAUUAAUACACCGCCGAGCUCACCACUAAAUACAUUGUCACCGGGCAAUAAGCGGAAGGCUUGUGAUACCGUUCCAGACGACUUCGACCUCCACAAGCGAGUCAAGCGCGAAGAUGCGGAACAAGAGACAGCCCAGGAAAUAACCACUGCGUCUUCCGAAGCACAAAUUGAAAAUUCAAGCAAUGAUUCCACGUCCGAGAAUAUUGCAAGAAUCUUCAAUCUACUCAAUUCCCAGCCACCAUCCAAGUUAGGCACCUCAAGCUCCGGCAAUGUCCAGUUUGGAGAACAAACCCAGAAUGGCAUAAACACUAACAAGCGAGAAUCUCGAGUUCGACAGCUCAUCCGAGCCUCAAACUGUAGACGCGCUUGGCUCUACAAUCCUCGAAAUGCUAGAGUCGGAAAAUCAAACACCUGCCUUUGGUCACUCAGCCCCCACGACUUCUCAACCAGCCGCAGACUCUGCUCUUCCAGGCUUUUAUACACCCGCCGCUCCCCAACCCGCAAGCGACUUACUGGCAAGUCUGAUUACCCCUCAAACCCACGUGCACAAUCCUACACUCGAUGUCUAUGAUCCCGUCGCUCCUCAAAUCCACCAUCCUACACCCGAUGACUACGAUCCCGUCACUCCUCAACUCGCAAAUACCACUCCGACACCUACGUCCGGUCCUCAAAUCCCGACAACUCCUCUUCAACACCACACCCCAAGUCUAAGCGAGAACCAAACAUCUACCUUGAACCACUCAUAUCCUCCCACCACUGACUCAGUCGCAGCCUCCGUUAUCCCGCAACAACCCCCCAGCGAUCUCCUCGCAAGUCUAAUUACCACUCCAAGCCAGGUACUACCAUCUCAAGAUCACCCUUCGAAUCCAAGCGAAACAAACAAGAAGCGCAAGAAGGACGACGAUGACAAUGAUACCCCUCCUUCACCCAAGCGCUCGAAGUUGUCCGCGUGA